AUGGCCAAUCUUGUCCUGCUACUUGCAGCGCUCCUUCUCACCUCGUGUUACGCGCAAAGCCUGAACGACACAUCUUUGGAAGGCUGCCAGGGUCCCAUCACCACUAUCGCCAGGGGCAGCCAGUACUUCAACUCGACUGGGACCGUCCGCCUAGCCUCAAACCCCACACACGAUGAUGACUGGUAUGUCAGCGUCACUAUAACCGAUAGACGCAAUCCCCGUCAGAUCUAUGGCCCUAGCAUGCCCUGGCAAGAGAGAGAAGCAUUUCUUAGUGUUCCUGAUUCUCUCGUUGGAAGUCAGGAAGGCAAUCAGUCGGAGUACUGCGUCUACGAACUCCCGGGACAAGACGCCUCCUCGCAAGAAGAAGCUGGGAACUGCAGCGGCGUGCUGAGCGACGACUGCAUUGACGCCUUGAUGAAGAACACGCCGAUCAUGUCAGAUGGCCAAUGUCAUAAGCCAGAGAAUGUCGAAGACGCCUGUGGGAUGGUUGCGUCGCAGCCAGUAGGUACACCAUCAAACUUCAACAGUACCGAGUGUAGUUUGUCCGGAAUGCCGCAUAUCGAUCUACCGGAUAAUUACCGCACCUACUACGCCCACCAUGUGCCUGUAUCAGAAGGCGGAGGUGGUUACGAGAAUUUUGACCUUUAUGAUAGGCAUGUUCGCGAAGCAGUGCCCAUGGUAUUCACCAUCAAGUCUCCAGGUGGCACCAUCGCCCACAAGGCCAUUUGUGUAGUACCCAACAAGGUCGUAGAGGGAAGCCGUGUUCCAGAAUCUGCUGCUACUCAACUAGCCUCCGGAAACUCACUGGCAGCAACAUUGGUUGUCAUGGCACUUGUAUCUGUUUUCUCCAUAGCCUGA